AGCCCGCGGAAACUGGUCGCGUGCAUUCGAGGGGUGCGUUCUCUCUAGCAAUGAAAAGGAUCGAUGCGGUCUCCGUGGUAACGGCACCGUCAGAGAGGCCGGAAUUACGGAUGGUGGUGGAUGGACAGCAUCGAGUACUCAACUGAUGCAGUAACGACACCACCGUCGCUGACGAUUGAGAUACUUGCCUCCCGGCGGUGGAACACUGUCCCGCGUGUGCGUGCGUGCUUUGAACAUUCCUCACGAACAUUCUGUCUGCACGACGUCGCUUCGAGACGAUCAUCAUGCGGAGGUGGCAGAUCCUCCGCUUCAGGACACUAGUGACACGAAAUUGUUCGAUCGCCAGGAUGACGAUCAGGGACAAAUGCACGAGAAACCAUCGCGAGAAGAGAGGCCAAAGAUUCAUCUUCUCCGAUGGAGCGACAUGCCGCAACAUUUGCAGUUCAAUCCUCACAUCCUCACUGGUUACAGGCCGCUCAUGACCAUUGGACAGUGUCUUCGUAGUCUGUUCUACAUCCACAAUGAGACUGUCAAUAUCAUGACACAUGGAUUUGCCAUCCUGUACAUGUUGUUGACGAUUCCACAACUUCUUCCAUGGAAUACUAAAGGUAUUCUCGUAGCAAUUUUAUGCUGGUGCCAUUUAAUUGGCGCUGUUAGUCCAUGGAUCGGAUCCUUUAUUUACCACCUGUUUAUGAAUUUAAACUACGACGAAAUCUUUUAUCGAACGCUAUUGAAAUUAGAUAUGAUCGGUAUAUGGCUGUGUCAAAGUUUUGGAGCAAUACCUAUGAUGGCUGCAACAGUUCACUGUCUACCUGACAUUUACUGGUACUGCUGCAUGUUUAUUUAUUGUUCUCUCAGCCUCUGGGGUCUUCUUAAGGCAAUGAUUGCGCGAUCUCCUUGGGAAAGAAGACUAUGUUUUGCACCUCCUUUUCUUAUGAGAAUGCUGGUGAUGACUCUACGAUGUUUCGGUAUUGGCGGUGGUUCUCCUGACGCUUUACUUCACAUUGUACUACAAGACUUCAUAGCGGUUGUAGGAGCAAUAAUAGGCGCCUUGCGUAUUCCUGAAAAAUGGAUACCGGGAAAAUUAGAUCUAAUACUGAAUUCUCACAAUUUAAUGCACGUACUGGUUGUGCUAGCAGUUUGUUCGAUGCACGCUGCAACUCUGCAAGAUCUUGCUUGGAUGACCGGCUCGUCCGCGUGUAAUGAAACGAUCCUCGUUCAAGUGAAACACGAUGAACUGUGAUCGAUUGUUGUCGGUGAAAAUCUUUCAAUGAUGUCUGUGAUAAAUCGAGCCUACGCCAAACGCUGGUUACUUUGUGUAGGUACUCACUGUGUUUGAUC